CUGUAAUUGAAGGAACUAUGGGAAAGUUCUCCUUUCCAAGGCUCAUCAUAAGAAUGCCAUGGGCAAAACGGACUGCACAGGAUGAUUUCUGUACAGGAACUACUGAACUCCACAGGCCCAGAACACACCAGCCUCACAACUCCUCACAACUCCCCAUCCUUAAUGUGUGUAGGCAGGACAAGGAGAACACUGAUUCAAUCCAGAAGAAGAGGAAAAAGAAGAGGCUAAAUGAGAAGGGAACCCAGGUUGAACUAGGCAUGCGGGAGGAUAUCCAUGACCUUGACCUCGCCCAUUGGAGAUUGGCUAGAGAGACAUGGAGAACUGAGCGAGGAAACAUGAGGGAGAUUAAGGCGCUGUAUGGAGAAAUAUUUAGGCUGCACCAACUCUUGGCGGAGAUUGGGGUGGAUAAAGGGGUGAUCAAGCAGCGCUCCACCUCCUCCAUUAUUUGUCCCGUCUCCCCGACACUGCCAGCUUUCCCCUGGUACAACCACCACAGGUACCUCGCCAACAGCCAAUCGGAGCCUGACCAGCAUGCUGCCGGCACCCAGAAGGACCCACCUAAGAAACACUCAAUCUUUCCCCCUCUGGACACACAGAACUGCAACUCCCCUGAUAAAUGGCCUCAUUCUCCGUCCAAGACGUCACACCCACACGCUUCACACCGAUUUGCUGUCCCAUCCCACCUCCUGGCUUCCGGCCCUCCUGCCCGGAUGAGACAGACCCAUCCGCAGGUCCACCCCAGGUCCCCAUUGACUGGCCAGGCAAAGGUCAAGGAUGAGGUUAAGAGGCCAGAGACUGCAUCGUCUGAGGAAUUGUCUGAGGAAGUUCAACGGAGAGGAGCAGAAAUUGCAAGCAUGUAUAAAGCACAGCUGAAAGAGAGGAUGGCCCAAAAGAGAAAGGAAGAGAUUCUGAAGAAAAUGGCAAACGGCGAUGACAAGAACGAUGACACUGAGGCCUCCUGCUCCUCUGCAGUAAAACAAUCUAAUACCCCUGCCACAGCCCCCGGCCAGCCCAGAGGCCACACCAGUGGCCGCCCGAGAGGACACUCAGGGGGACACCCAGCAGGACCUGGCAGAGGUUGUGAAUGUUCUCAAGAGGCAAUCAUCUGAUCUAUACCUGCCUGACGACGUUUGUGAGGA